AUGGUGAACGACGAAGACAGCGCGUGGGAGGAGCGGCUGGCGCAGUGGCAGGCGAAGCUUGUGGCCUUGCGCAGCCAAGUUCUCGUGGGCGCGCUCGAGCGGACAGCGAUCGAUGCUGUAGGCGGCGGCGCGCUCUUCCUCGGCGGCGUCUCGCUGACCCAACUCUCCAUGUACAUUGUGCGCGUCUCGGUCGCGAUGCCCGUCUUGCCGAGCCUCCUCGGUGGCCUUGGCGUGGCGUCUUCAAGCGCAAUGGCCGGUGCCUUCUGCCUUCGCCAUAAUUCAACGGAGCCAACGCCGCUCGAGCUCACGGCGGCCGCUACCUCGGGGCUUCUCCUCUUCCGGCUUCUUGGUGGCCGGUUCCGCGCGCUUGCUCCGAGCGACUUUCGACACCCCGGUGCAUUCGGGCACGCGCGCAUCUCGCUGCCUGCCACGAUCGAAUACGCUGAUGGAAAUGCGCGGGCCGUCAUUCAAAGCUUUGGCCGCCUCUACGGCUGCCACACGUGCGGUACGAAGCGGUCCAAAUACCACGCCGACCACAUGCCGCCCGUGCUGGUCGCCAAGGCCGAGAACGCACGACUGUGGGCCAAACUCUUUGGUCCCGUCACACAGCGGUAUUAUCCGCAGUGCGAGAGCUGCUCCAACACCCAAGGCGCGUUGGUCAAGAAGAAUGCCAAGCAGCUCAAACUGCACCUCACCGAGCUCCGGGCGUACCACUGGACGGGCUUUUGGAUGGUGCUCUUUGGCGCGAGUGGCCUCGGCGGCUUUUUCGCACAAGGCUCGGACGAGGCGCCCUCGGUCGUGGAGCAUGUCAUGGCGCAGGCCACCGACGCUGUUCAGAAACCACUCCUCGUCGUUUUGCGGGACCGAGAAGCGCGGCUGCGGGAGCGGCAACAGACCGAGACGAGUAAGGAAGCGCGACAAGCUAUUGACGACGAGCUCGCGGUGAUUCGAGCGCGAAAAGCCGACAUUAAAAAGGCCGCUCGGCGCCACUAA